CACCCUCCAGUCAGUCGAUCUCGAACCGUGUCCGUAGAAGGAAGCACAGUUUCUUCAUCCAUUCGCGAUAGCUCGAUCCGUGAGUGCGCAUUUAGCUACGACGUUAUUACAACAAAGCUCCGCGCUCGAGUUUUACAUUAGGUGUUACAUGCUCACCGACCAACUGCGCUGAAUGCGGCAAAUCGAUUUUUUAAGUGACUUCACCGAGUGGAUUCCAGCGCGGAAGGUGAACUUGUCCCAAGUGUCGUUGUGGUAGCUGCCACAAAUGCUACCAGUUUGAGCUGUACCGAGAGACCGACAUCGGAUUCGAAAGGAUUUCCACCGACGCACAAAAGGCCUCUCGAGUGAAUACUACUUUAAUUGCUGCAGCUCAGCAGCAGCGGUAUUUGUGAAAAAGACUGCACCCUCAGUGAAACGAACCACUAUAUCUACUAGCAGUCGACGACGUCAUUCACUCGAACCUCAAGUGUAGAUACUCUACCAACAGUUGAAGAACGCAGAGCGGAAGCCUUUAACGCGACGACGUAGACGACAAUAACAGCAACAGCAAUAAAACAGAUCCUCACGAAACCGUCAUCAUGGGACUGGGCGGCAGAAUGGACUGCUGCGGGCAGUGUGUCAAGUAUAGCAUGUUCGUCUCCAAUUUCAUCAUUUUCAUUGGUGGUGCCAUCGUUUUCGGACUCGGUGUGUGGACCGUAGUGGAUAAGAACUUUAUCAAUGAGCUGCUCGGAACGAAUUUGUUUUCCGGGGCGGUCUAUGUGCUGAUUGCGACAUCGGCGCUGGUGUGUUUGCUGUCCUUUUUCGGGUGCAUUGGCGCGGCGAAGGAGUACAAAUGCAUGCUAUUGACGUAUUUCAUUUUGAUUUUCCUUAUUUUCGUGACGAUGCUCAUCGGAGGCAUCCUGGGUUACGUGUUCCGCGAAAAGGUGUCCCAAACCAUGCAGCAGGAAAUGCACUCGUCGAUGACGUUCUACGGCGCCUACGGAAAGCGCUCGAUCACCCAGGCUUGGGACAUGACCCAGGAGAGGCUCAAGUGCUGCGGUGUUAAACACUACAACGACUGGCGCGGUUCGAUCCCACAGUCUUGCUGUCAGAAGACCUUCACGGACUACAAACCCUGCCAGGACCAUCCGACGCCGGAGAACAUCUACAUCCAGGGCUGCCUGGACAUCACGUCCAAUCUGAUACGGGACAACGCGGCGUUCAUUGGAGCGUCCGGAAUCAUCGUGGCCAUCCUGCUCAUAUUCGGCAUGAUCUUCUCGUGCUCACUGUUCCGGAUGAUCGAAUAGCGCGGCAUUGCUUACUUCAUUCGACCAUAACUUGUCAUAAAAUUUUACCACUUGAUCGCCUGUUGUUGUUCUGAACUAUUUGAUUAUCUACCUGAGAGAGCAAAACAAAAGUACAAUAUGAAGGGGCGCUUACUUUUUAUUUCGCACAAUCCAAGAAGCAAAUUACCACAGGUCAUUGGAUCUUGAUUGAGCCAUCAACUAGAUUUGAAUUUGGACAUAGUGUUCAAAGUUUGGCGAUCGUCAAGAUCUCUUAUCAUCGUGGUCUACGAUAAUAUCCGCUGCUCAUAAUUGUAAAAAAAUAUAAUUAUUAAAUUUUUAUUUUCCAAAAUUCAAAUUCAACUCGUACGGAAUCUCUACAUUCGCAUGUGUAAAUAGUAAAACAAGCGACGCUACAGUGCAUUUAAGGCGCGAAAUCGCUAUCGAAAUUCAUAAGCAGUCAACACAAACACACAAAAUCUUAAUAAUUAACUUAAUGAAACCUAGAACGUAAGUCGAUAGAAACUAUUGAUCUGAUAAAGGCGAAAGGCAUCGCCAAAUGAAACCGAUCCCUCGGGACGCGCAACCGAUGAUAUUCAUUCCAUCCAUUAUCUGUCAAUCAAACUUAUUCGUCUAUGCACAAUAGAUCUGAACGUCUGUGUCAUUGUAAAAGCUAAUUCUUAAUGAUAAUGAAUAAAGAUUUAAGGACAUUUUA